AUGUCUAGAAACUACGAUGCUACCGGUUCACUGUCCAGACAGAGACUAGAACCGGCCAAUUCAAAUACAAAUAGUGCCAAUGCGCAGAUAGCCUCUUCAUCUACAACCCCCUUGCUCCAGGAAAAGUUCAGCAUUUUGGAAACGUUGAAUAUACUCAAGUUCAAAUCUAUCUCGUUAGAGAAUAAGGGAUCUGUGGCUAGAGAUCACAUGGCUAACGAGAGAACGUUUUUAGCAUGGUUAAGAACGUCUUUAUCAUUCAUUACCAUUGGCAUUGGCAUUACACAGCUUUCCAGACUCGAAAAGGCGCAAAAACCCGCGGGCCUGCAUUCUAUACAAAUUGAGGGUGCAUCUGUAUUACUACUUGAGAGACACUCACCGUUAAGUAAGUUUGGGCAGCCGUUAGGCUUAAUAUUUAUCAUAUUAGGUAUAGUCACACUACUAUUCGGAUUCUUCAGGUUUUUCAAAGUUCAGGCAAUGCUCACUCAAAAUUUCUAUCCUGCUAGCAGGCUAUCGAUAGUAGCGUUAAUCAGCUCAAUCUUUGUAAUCAUAGUCAUAACAUUCGGGGUUAUAGUAAGUGCAACAUGA